GUUUCCUCCAAUCCCCUCUCUCAAAAGCCACCCAUAUAAAGCUGCAAUAAUCUCUUCAUCUCUCUCUCUCUCUCUCUCUCUCUCUCUCAAGUCUCAACUAAUAAUUAGUACCAUAUACAUAAAAUGGUGAAAGCUUUGGCUAGCUAAUAUAGAGAGCUAUAUAUCUGUAUAAUAUUAGCAUAUUAUUUAGUACCACUAGAAGGGGUUUGGUUAUUUGUUUGUUUCUCCAAGGAAAUAAUAAUGGUUUGGCCUUACUAUUGUUCUAGUGGUUGGAAAUGGAAUUCUAAUGUGAACAUCUUGUUGUUGAUGUUUUUGUGGAAUGUGGUUUGGGUGUCGUUAAUGAGCUGUGGGGGUUUUGGAGGUGCGAGUGCUGCGACGGCGCCUGUGAAAGUGGGAACUAUUUCAAAGGUGGAAGAUGCUUCCAACUUUCAUAUAUACUAUGGCCAGACCUUCAAAGUCAUAAAGAAUGUCGUUGAUGGAAAGAGCUAUCUACUUAUUCAGAGUGAUUCGAGGAUGGCGACAAGAACAAAAUAUUGCACUACAAGGAUCAAAUCAUUUGUCAUCCCAUUAUCAAACUAUUCGGUCGAUACAAAUAACUUUCCAGUUUCCUAUUUUGAGUUACUAGGGCUACUGGGGAGCCUAAAGGGCAUUACUUCAGAAUUGGUGGCGUCUCAAUGCGUAAAGAAAUUGUAUGAAAGUGGAGAAAUCCAAGUGAUUAAUGGAAGUGAUCCACAACAACUUUCACAAUUUGCAGCUCACUUUAUUAGCGACACUGACCAGUCACAAGCUUGCAAUUUCGCAUCAUUUGUUCCUUCCGGAGAGACUACCCCUUUGCAGAGAGCGGAAUGGAUCAAGUUUCUGGGAAGUUUUGCAAACCUUGAAGAUAGAGCCAAUCGAGUAUACAGUGCUGUUAAACAGAAUUAUCUAUGCUUGACUAAGGCAUCUUCGGGCAGGGCAUCAUUCAAACCUAUUGUCGCUUGGAUGGAUUUUAGCAAUGGUGCAUGGUCUUUUGCAAAAGAAACAUACAAGUUAAAGUAUGUGGAAGACGCAGGAGGAGAGAAUGUUGAUGACUCUAUCAACAAGAUUAGCUAUAACAUUUCUAGCCCCGAUGAUUUGGAGCAAUUGCAUGCCAUCCUUUGUACCGUGGAUGUGAUUAUUGAUGAAACAUUCACUUCAGAUCCGGUUGGCUACAAUUUGUCAUACUUUCUCCAAAACACAAACGUUGAAGAUCACUCUUGUUUUGCUUUCCUAACGAACCAAAGCUUAUGGAGAUACGACAAAAGAAUUCCCAACUCAAAUACUCUUGAUUGGUUCAAUGGAGCAGUUUCACAACCACAACUUGUUUUAGCGGAUCUUAUUGAAGCUUUAUUUCCUACAGGAAAUUACACCACCACAUAUCUUAGAAAUAUUGCAAAGGGUGAAGCAAUUGUAACCGUUGGUUCUGACAUGUGCGAUAGAGACGUAUCCACAGCUAUGGAGCCAACUACAGUACCUUGUGUAUGGUAGAAUAAAACAUGAUAUUAAUCUCGUUUCUAAUUUCUUAAACUUUAGGGUUAAAAUUUUCAAGUAAUAAUAUAUUCUUUUGAAAUAAAGACUCGAUUUUUGUUCAUUAAAAAACAAUAUCAUUCAAGCAACUUUAGCAAGCUGAGAACUCU